AUGUCGACCUACAAAGUGAUUGUAUCUACUGGUAGACAGAUGGUUGCUGAGACAGUGAACAGCAUUUACCUGACACUGAUGAACUCAAAGAAUCAGACCAGUAAAAAAACCCUGGUGAAUAAAUCCUUUUUUUCUCCUUUUGAAACGGAAAUCUCCUUCGACAUCCAAGUGAAGAAGGACCUUGGAAACAUUGUCCAGGUGAAACUUGAAAAGCAGAAACAUCUCAUCAAUUCUCCUUGGUUCUGUAAGCAUAUCACAGUGCAAACACCUUCUGGAGACUGCUGUGAGUUCCCCUGUUAUCGCUGGUUAGUGGACGAAAAUGAAGUGAUGAUCCGAGAAGGCACUGCUCGAUUGCCUCAGGAUGACACCAAAAAGCAAAGAAAGAUUGAACUGGAAUCUAGACAGAAAAUAGUCAGAUGGAAGGAGUGUAGCCUGGGCUUCCCUAUGCGCAUAGAUGGCAAAAUGAAUGAACUUCCAAAAGAAGUUCAGUUUGAUAUAGAGAAAGAAUCAGCCUUUAAAAGGAAUUUCGGGAAAGUGAUUGAGGAUUUAGUUCUUGACAAAAUUGAUGGUUUCUUUGAGUCCUGGAAAGACAUUGGAGAUUAUAAAAAGAUACUUGAGCAUUACAAUAUCAAGAACACUCUACUAGUGAACGUGAUCCAGGACUGGAAUAAGGAUUACAUGUUUGGCUAUCAGUUUCUGAAUGGCUGCAAUCCUGUCAUGAUCAGGAAGUGCACAAAGCUUCCAGACAAAUUUCCAGUCACACAUGAGAUGGUCGAGGGCUGUCUGAAGAGAGGACUCACACUACAAGAGGAAUUACAGGCAGGAAACAUCUACAUAGCAGAUUAUGAAAUACUGAAGGGAGUGCCAGCAUCUAGCAGCCAGCGCUAUCUGACUGCACCCAUCUGCCUACUGUACAAGAAUAAUCUGAACCAAAUUGUGCCAAUCGCCAUUCAGCUCAGUCAAACCCCAGGGCAAAUUAGCCCAAUUUUUCUCCCAAGCGAUAAUGAAUAUGACUGGAUGCUUGCCAAGAUGUGGGUGAAAUCGUCUGACUUCAUUGUACACCAGUUGGUCACACACCUUCUCAAGACACAUCUGUUGGCAGAGGUUUUUGAAAUAGCCAUGUACAGACAGCUUUCUGCCGUCCAUCCCGUAUACAAGUUACUGAUACCUCAUGUUCGUUUCACAAUUGCAAUCAAUGCAGAGGCCCGUGAAAAGCUCAUCAGUGAAGACGGGGUCUUCAGCAAGAUUAGUAGCAUCUGUGUAGAUGGGAUGGAGAAACUGAUACAAAAUGGCAUGAAGACUUUAACCUACAAGUCCCUGUGCUUCCCUGAAGACAUAAAAGCUCGAGGAAUGGAAGAUGUGCCCAACUACUAUUAUAGAGACGAUGGCAUGAGGAUCUGGGAGGAAAUAAACUGCUUUGUUUCUGCUGUGGUCAAGAUCUACUAUGUCAGCGAUAAGACAGUUCAACAAGAUGUGGAGAUUCAAGAAUUUGUUAAAGAUGUUGCCUGCUUUGGCAUGAAUAAUUCUGACAGCUUUCCAAAGUCUCUGGAAUCUCGAGAGCAGUUGGUCGAGUACCUGACUGUCGUGAUUUUCACAGCUUCAGCACAACAUGCUGCUGUCAACUUUGGACAGUUUGACUGGUAUGGCUGGAUCCCCAACAGUCCUUCCACCAUGCGCAAGCCACCUCCUCAAAAAAAGGGCCAAGUGGAUAUGAAGUAUAUCAUGGACAGUCUGCCUGACCGUGGUUGUUCCAGCGAGGUUCUGGGAACAGUUUGGGCCCUCAGUCAGACCCAGGAGAAUGAGCUGUUCUUAGGCAUGUAUCCAGAAAUGUACUUCACAGAGCAACCAGUGAAGGAAGCCAUAAAUACGUUCAGCAAGAAACUAGAUGAAGUGACCAACAUCAUCAAGAGCCGGAAUGAAGAAUUAACAUUGUCUUAUUUUUAUUUGUCCCCAGACAAAAUCCCCAACAGUGUUGCAAUAUGAGGAAAUAUUUGCAGAAACAUUUUGCCAGGCCUAACCAUAGUGUUUACCGGCCAAUGUAUGCUUGACAUAGAAAGAAAGAACAACUCCUCUACUCAAAAAAGAAAGUAUUGUAAAACACAGAGCCUGCCUUUUGAGGCACUUUUUAAGAAAUGAUUAACUCUUGAUUAAUUCUUCUUGAAUUGAACGUGUGUAUUCAUUUAUUCAUCUUUUGAUUCGCUCAUUUAUUCAUAUUCUUUAUUACUCAUGAUAAAUUGUUUGUGGUGUAUUUUAGAUAAUCAUUUGACUCAUUUUUAUUGAUCUCUAGCAUCUGCGUUGAUUUGGUGCUGAUUAUCUUUUUUUUGCGGUUGCUGUUUGGAGGGAAUAUUGUUCCAGCUUCAUUUCUUUCAGUAUGAGGGAGGUUUUCUCUGAUAGAGCUUA